CUUCUCACCCGCCUCAGCUCUCAACUUGCGCCCCCGCCAUGCCGGACCACAGUUCAAGUCUAGAAGAAUGAAGAAGACGCUGCUCCUGUGCUUUAUCCAUGGAUUCAAGGGCGGCGAUGACACGUUUGCCAAUUUCCCUUCCCAUCUCAAGGCGAUCCUCCAACAUGCGCUACCAAAGGUCUCCGUGUUGACCAUCACAUAUCCCAAGUACGAGACAAGAGGUGAUCUACAGGAAUGUGUGGCGAGGUUCAAAGAAUGGCUUCAGAACAAAGUCAUAGAUCUCGAGGUCGAAAAUGGGACGCCCUCACCCACCGUGGACCCCUCCGUACGCACUGUUCUCGUCGGCCACUCCAUGGGUGGUAUCGUCGCAGCCGAAACCCUUCUGUCUAUCAUCAACGAACAGCCCAUCCACUCUCUCAACAACUCCCAGUCGCACUCGACCUCUUCUCUACCCGACCCUAGUCUCUUGAUGUUCCCGUACAUUCAAGGCGUGCUUGCUUUCGACACACCGUACCUUGGAAUCUCCCCCGGAGUUGUUGCGCAUGGCGCCGAAGGCCACUGGAAAACCGCAAACUCGGCAUACGCAGCGUAUUCGAACCUUGCUGGUGCGUUCGGUUGGGGUGCGAAGAAUUCCGAGGCAGGCCCCGUAGAUGCAAGCAGGAUGCUCCCAGCUCCGGACAAGAGUUCAAAGGUCGCUGUUAGCGACUCAAACGCAGACGCAGCCGCCACACCGCUGUGGCAGCGUUAUGGACGAGUGGCAUUAUUUGCUGGAGCGGCUGGAGCCGUCGCUGCUGGAGGUGCUGCUGCGUAUAUGAAGAGGGAACAGAUAACAGAGGGCUGGAGCUGGGCAACGUCGCAUCUCGAGUUUGUGGGCAGUCUGGCACGGCCUGAAGACCUUAAGAAGCGCCUCUACAAUGUGAUCAAGCUUUCGCAAACCCAAUCGAUUGGCUUCACCAACAUCCACACGACGCUCGGGCACGCUGUUAACGCACAGAACAACAAGGACUCAUGGGCUGGAAAAGUAGCAGGCACCGACCGCACGUUCUGCAACCUUCCAAAGGGUGAAGCGAAACAAUACUUUGUCCCUGCAGUGAACGACAAAAGCACUUCGGAGACUUUUGCGCACAUGUCCAUGUUCGAACCUAAGAACAACCCCGGCUAUUACAACAUGAGCGAGUUGGCGAAGGAGCUCCUCCACGACUGGCUUAACAAUGAAUGGUACGAGGAGAGCGAAGGUCCCCUCAAAGACACCACCCUAGACGAGGACGCCGAGAUGGUGGAACAGCCCGACGAUCUCGACGAGGAGUUCGAGAAUGUCAAGCGGCCUACAAGUGUAGAGCCUGGGAACAAGCAGGAGUUGUAGACAUCAGGGAUUCAGGCAACGAUUGGGGAUUGGCCAAUCCCUUCGUACGACAUCACGGCUGUAUGAACAUCUUGUACUAGAAUGGGCGUUUUUGUGAAUGUAUACCCUUUUUCUUACUUUUUAUUCCCUAACACUAUUACUUUUUGGAAGCUCUAUUGAAUGAUUCGAGGUCAGUGGUGAACAAGCAUGUCCGUAAAAUCUUCAUACCAAACACCCACUGCAUUGCUCGAUGUCUGUCAACGCCAACUUGAAUGAACAUUUAUCAC